AGCAAAGGAGGAAAAAUAAUCGGGGGAGCAUGUCAAGAACUAUGAGGUCCCGGCUGUCAUCGUGGGGACCACGGUCACUGAUUCUGCUGCUGCUGCUAGCCAGAGCAGCUUACACUGUCGGAGCUCUGCCCCGGUUGUGUGACGUGCUGCGCGUCCUGCAAGAGGAACGGGCCCAGUGUGUGCAGGAACUCUCCAAAGAGAAGCCAGGAGAUUUGGGCCUGGAGACAGUGUCAGCCAGCGCUUUCUCGCCAUCUGCUUCUGCACACGCAGUUUAUCAAGGCUGCGAAGGGCUGUGGGACAACAUGAGCUGCUGGCCCUCCUCAGCACCAGCGCAGACGGUGGAAGUGCAAUGUCCGAAGUUCCUCCAGAUGCUCACGGGCAGAAAUGGGUCCCUCUUCAGGAACUGCACCCAGGACGGCUGGUCAGAAACUUUCCCCAGGCCUGACCUGGCCUGCGGCGUCAACAUGAAUGACUCCUCUAACGAGAAGCGGCAUGCGUACCUGCUGAAGCUCAAGGUCAUGUACACGGUAGGCUACAGCUCCUCCUUGGCCAUGCUCUUGGUCGCCCUCAGCAUCCUAUGCACUUUCCGGAGGCUGCACUGCACCCGCAACUACAUCCACAUGCACCUGUUUGUGUCCUUCAUCCUGCGAGCCCUGUCCAACUUCAUCAAGGAUGCAGUACUCUUCCCCUCGGAUGACGUCACCUACUGUGAUGCCCGUAGGGUGGGUUGUAAGCUGGUCAUGAUCUUCUUCCAAUACUGCAUCAUGGCCAACUAUGCGUGGCUGCUGGUGGAAGGCCUCUACCUUCACACGCUCCUCGCCAUCUCCUUCUUCUCAGAGAGGAAGUGUCUGCAGGCCUUUGUGCUCCUCGGAUGGGGUUCUCCAGCCAUUUUUGUUGCUUCAUGGGCUAUCAGCCGGCACUUUCUGGAAGACAUCGGAUGCUGGGACAUCAACUCCAACCCUUCCAUCUGGUGGCUCAUUCGAGGGCCUGUGAUUCUGUCCAUUCUGAUCAAUUUCAUCUUUUUCAUAAACAUUCUAAGAAUCCUGAUGAGAAAACUUAGAACCCAAGAAACAAGAGGAAAUGAAAUGAACCAGUAUAAGCGCCUGGCCAAGUCCACCCUCCUGCUGAUCCCCCUCUUCGGCAUUCACUACAUCAUCUUCGCCUUCUCUCCAGAGGACGCCAUGGAAGUCCAGCUCUUCUUUGAAUUGGCCCUAGGCUCCUUCCAGGGGCUGGUGGUCGCCAUCCUCUACUGCUUCCUCAAUGGAGAGGUGCAGCUAGAAGUUCAGAAAAAAUGGCGCCAGUGGCACCUCCAAGAGUUCCCGCUACGCCCUGUGGCCCUCAGCAACUCCUUCAGCAAUGCCACCAGCAGUACCACCCACGGCACUAAGGCCAGCACCUCGGAGCAGAGCCGGAGCACCCCCAGGGCCAGCAUCAUCUGAGGCUGCGGCAGGACUGGCAGUGGACACAGAGCUGGACACUCAAUAGGAUGGUUCUCUUCUAACAGCUCUUCUGUGUUUGAGUGGCUGAGAGGCCUUCCUCCAGGUCUGAGCUUCCUUAGAACUGAGACUGGGUCACCAUGGAGCAAGA